AUGCCCAAGGCCGCGGCGCAACGUGAGACGCGGGCGGGGUCGUCGUCUCAAACCCGACAGGGGUCUUCCUCGCGCAAGGGGGAGGCCAACCCUGUUCGAGAAAAGAGAGAUGCAGGAGGGGCCGCAGAGGAAGAGGAGGAAGAGAAGGGGAGGCUUGAGCCAAGCCCGGUGUUUACUGGGCAUCAGAUGUUCUAUCUGUUCUUCUUGGAUGGUAUUGGGGCCAUGAUCCUUUCGGGCGGUGUCAAUUUUGCCCUAGCGUAUGUCAUGUACACGACGCAGGAUACAACAAAGAAUCCUAUCCGACUCUUUCAACUACCAAACACCCUUGCAGGAGACGCAGCGGUAACAAUUAUCAUCCAAUGCAUCCUCACCUGGUUCGUCGAGAUGGGCCUCGUAAGCUACGACCUAUCAAACCGAUCAGUCCAACCCAUCGGUUUCAUCCCUGAACCAUCAAGUCCCUGGCUAAGAUGGCUCUUCUACCUCCCCUCCCCUUCCCCAAAGUCUGAAGAGAUACCUGAGGAAGAACCCAAGUCUAAAAUUGGCUUGGUGUUGCGUUCCAUAGUUCAACAGGCGCUUAGGGGCUUCAUGCUUGCCGUCGUGGGCUUUCUCCUUCUCUGGGGUCCUAGUAUCGGUAUCUUGACCGUUUUUGGUGUCCGCUCCGGCGGUGACUAUCUUUAUCAAGAUCGGUGGGUGCCGCAAGCCUUCAAGGGAAUCCUUGGAGGCGUGCUAGGCUUGCUGACGACACCUCCGAUGGCAGCUUUUUGGCUGAUGAAGGCUGGGUGGGAAGGGAAUAAGGAACGCACGGAAGCGAGAGCCUCCAGACGGAGCCGAUACGCAAACGCGGUAUGA